CGCGCUGUAAGAUAAAUGCAAGCUAUAGCUGGAUGGUUGCCACAAUUUUCUCUAUAUAUGCGUGAACGUGUCCAUCCAGCCCAGUAUGAAAGUUACGUCGCGAGUGAAACGAGUCGUUCAGUUCUCGCGAUGGAGUAUCUGUGGCAUGCAUUGCAAUGUGUCCUCGUAAUUGUCGGCUUCACUCUCGCCGCUCUAAUUUACCGCCAGUACACUUAUUGGAAGAAACGUGGGAUCCCAUACAUGGAAGUGAUACCACUUAUUGGAAAUCAGGCGCCGAUCUUCUUCAAACUGAAAACUUUUCCCGAGCUUAUACUGGACAUGUAUAACCGAUACCCCAAUGCAAGAUUCAUCGGUAUGAUGGAUUUUAAUACGCCCCUCGUCUUCAUUAGGGACCCCCAAUUGAUUCGCGACAUUGGCGUGAAGAAUUUCGACAACUUUCCGGAUCAUAUGAGCUUCGUCGAUGAGAAGGUGGACAAGCUUUUUGGAAAGAACAUAUUUUCUCUUCGCGGCGAACGCUGGAAGGAAAUGAGGGCGACGCUGAGUCCCAGCUUUACCGCCAGCAAGAUGAAGUUCAUGUUCGAAUUGAUUUCCAAGACUUCCAAGGAUUUCGUCACAUAUCUACUCGAGCAUCCGGAAGAGACAAAGUCCAUCGAGACGAAAGAUGCCUUCACGCGAUACACGAACGACGUGAUCGCCAGUGCAGCUUUUGGCAUAAGCGUUAAUUCGAUGCGUGAAAAAGAUAAUGACUUCUAUAUCCACGGAAAGGAGGCAACAGAUUUUGAGGGAUUCUGGAAAAUUAUGAAGUUUGUUAUGUUUCGCGUAUGUCCGAGUAUUUUGCGAUUGAUGGAUCAAGGCUUUGUAACGCGCGACACGGCAACAUUUUUUAGGACCCUUAUCCAAGAUGCUGUUAAGGCUAGAGACGAAAAGGGAAUCGUCAGACCGGAUAUGAUUCACUUGCUGAUGCAGGCCAGAGAUAACGAACGUGUAUCAUUGUCCACCGAUGACAUCGUGGCUCAAGCUUUUAUAUUCUUUGUGGCUGGUUUCGAUACUUCCUCGACUUUGAUGUGUUACAUGCUUCAUGAGUUGGUGUUCAAUCCUGACGUCCAGCAAAAGCUCCGCGAAGAGGUUGAUCAGGUGACUUCUAGUGCCGAGGACGAGGUCACCUAUGAGAUGUUACAGAAGAUGAAGUACAUGGACAUGGUCAUCUCUGAAACUCUACGAAAACAUCCUCCAGUUCCUGCGAUCGAUCGUGUCUGUGUUAAGAGUUUUCAGCUUCCGCAGUCGAUGCCAGGGUACAGUGAUGUCACAGUUGAGAAGGGCUCUGUCGCGUGGUUUCCAGUGCACGCUCUUCACUAUGAUCCACAAUAUUUUCCGGAUCCAUAUAAAUUUGAUCCUGAAAGAUUUAAUGACGAGAAUAAGGACAAAAUUGUGCCUUACACUUAUUUGCCCUUUGGACUGGGUCCUCGAAUGUGUAUUGGAAAUAGAUUCGCGUUGAUGGAGACGAAAAUUAUCGUUACACAUUUGGUGCAAAACUUUCUGGUUGAACGAACGGAAAAGACUAUUGAUCCGGAUAAGUUUACUCUACAAAGUUUUAGUAUUACACCGAAAGAAGGUUUUUGGCUUCGGCUAAAGCCACGAAAAAUUUAGGAUCGGUUUCCUUCUAGUUUUCUUAUUAUUUUUUUUUGAUUUAACAAUUCUCAAAGCUAGCGAUCAUGUUAUUUAGUUUAUUUCUUAGACGUCCAAAUGACGGUGUUACUUAAAGAAGAAUUUCGCUGAGACUUGGAAAAUAAUAUCUUGUUAAAGUCUAAUUGAUAAACUAAUAUUCAUACAAAAAGAUUUUUGUACUGUGCUGGUAAUAAUGUCUAUUAUAGAAUACGAAAAAUAUUUGUACGAGAAAUAAAGGUAUUUCAAAUAAACAAAUUGUCACACUGUUAGUGCAAUCUAUAUAGGGUCGUCCACGAAUACUGCAGGUAAUAAACUUAGCCCGUCUAUUUGAUUUCUACGUUGAAAUCACCUUCGAGUUGUGGAAUAUUGUAGGAUAUUCAAGAGACUCAUUAUCGCUGAUUUCUAUAAAAAGAAGGCCCUUCAAAGUGGAAACUCGUGACCCAAUUGUAAUACAGAUUUUUACUUGGAUGCUUAAAAGUUCUGUAAAUAUUUUGAAAUUUUUUAUCUAAGUAAAAAACAUGGUUCGCCUGUUGCAUUUGAAUUUCUACUCUCUGGAUUUUUUGUUUUACUAUUUAAAAAAUUUUUUUUAAAUUUCUAAUUGAUCUUUUUCUAAAUAUUUUUAACUAAUUUUAGCUCAUGGUCACCGAAAAAGCGCUAUCCAUCCAUGUUGAAUUUCUUAUUAUUGAGCAAUGAAAUGUUCGCACGAGGCGCAUUAAUUUAGAUUUUUUUGUAAAGUUCUAUUUGAAAUUGUUAAUUCACCCGUCCUUCGAUGUGCAUAAAAUAUCAAUAAGUGUUCAAGCAACACGCACAUUGUUUUACUGCAUUUUAAGUAGCGCGAAUGUUGUACGAACCCUGAAAUUCUUUCAUCGUCUUAUUUAUUACUUUUUUAAGUAUCAAAUAUUAGCAGUGUCAUUUAUCAAAGGUCAAGAUGAGUAUGGAUGAUGUAAUGCAUUGAAUUGUUUAUAUACGUUUAGUAAUGUGGAGAGAAAACGUGAUUUGUCACUAAUGGAUGCAAGUGGAUGCUCAUGAAGGAAUACGUUUUUAUUUUUAUUUUCUGGUUUGUGCAGUAGAUGUCUCGCGGCUACUUGGCAUUGUCUAUUGAAUAGCUAAUAUGUCUUGUUCACGGGCUUAUAUGGUUAGCUAUUCAGGGGAUUGUUUACAACGGUCAAUCAGAAGAAAUUGGCUUUCGAAAGAAUAAUUAAUUUCAUGUGCUAUAAACUUUGAAUUAUUUUCAUAAACGAAUUCUUUUAGA